GAUCAUUUUAAAAUAAUAGUUCCCGUUCUCGCAUUAUCCCCCGCUCUCUUACAACCAAUCUGCUUGCUCCUGUGCCCUGGCAGCAGCCCAGAACGCGGGCAGUUUUCUUUGCUGCAGAACCCGGUUACAUCAACGGUAAAAAAUGAUGAAUCCCUUUCAGAUUAGAGAUCUUCAUGGAUCUCCAUCUAGGACUGCAGAAAGCUCGGAGUCUAGGCGUCGUGAUGGGGUUGUACAAGUCUCUGCCUCUCAGUAUGAGGAGAUAGCGUCAAACCAUCCUCGGGCCAGACUGACGUAUGCGGAUGAUGAUGACGGAGAACUCAUCACAGUUGGAUCCUCGCUCGAGCUUUCUCAGCGUCUUGAUGAACCCAUCGACGUUCCGUCGCAGGAAGAUAGCCAUGAACCAAUGCAUAUCUUUGAUAUCCGUCGGUCGAACUCUGUAACUGAGUUAUGGAAGAAGUACGAGUACAGGACACGUUCUCCGAGUAUUCAGAAGACAGAAGAACCUAGCGCUGGAUCGGAAGUAGUAGAUACUACUCCUGGCCACGACAAUGAAGGUCCUUCUGGUUCUGGCCAAGCUAAUGCUGGCCCUGCUGCGCAAGAUGAAUCGGAGACCCUUUUGGCAGCUUUCGAGACUGAGCUGGCCAAGAUGAUGAGUGCUUCAGAAUCUUCAGAUAGGGCAACGCCGCAACAGGAUCCCUCAUCUUCAGCUGAAACACAACCCGGAACAACCAGUUCAAGUAGACCCCCGAACCCAGCUGAAGCCUUUACUACGGCUAUGCACAAUCUAUUUGAUGGGGCUGAAAUGCUUAGGUCGGGCAUGAGAUCGAGGAUUCCAGAGCUUGAGCGCCAGCUACACAAUGCCCAGAGGGCCCUUCCCGAGCAAGUUGGAAGCACUUUGCAAUCUGCUGUUACAAACCUGGACUCUCAUGUGAGAAACCUGGCCACUGCUCUUGGUAACGCUUCGGUUGCAGGAGAACAGACUCUCCGCAACGACUUGCAAGGUGGGAUUAGCCCCGGGUCGUGCAGUGUAGACGGUUUGCGUACGAUGGCGUCCGAAAUUGGCCAAAUAGGCCAAACAUUAUUCACUGCCUUCGAGGCAGAAUUCGGACGCAGUCUCUCAGAGAGUAAUAACCAGACUCCCGGAGAAGGUACAUCUCAAACCGGGCAAGCCAGCACUGCAACACCCAAUCUUCCAGCGGAGGAUUCGGGGAAUGCUCAGGACAAUUCAAAAAAUGAAGAUGAAAAAUCUACUUCAGCUAAUCUGGAGAACCAAGAAAACAACACAGUGCUUAAUGAAGGACCAAACGAUGAAAACAUUCCGUCGUCUAGCGGUUUCGAUGCUGGCCAUCGGAUGCAACAGCCUCAACAAGUCAAUCCUUUACCCCAAGCCUCCACGGCGCAUCUAGCUGGUCAACCCCAGCAUUCCGGCUCACACCUUCCUGGGGCCCCUGUUCAGCCUCCUAUCCCAUAUCCCUUUUCUCAUGACCACAGUCCUUUCCAUGGUCCUAUGCACAGGCCUUAUCCUCUACAGGCACCUCCACUCCCACCUCAACCACCAUCCUAUCCUGCUCACCCUCGCCCACAUCGGCGACCUCAUCCUCCCGACCAUCCUUCUCCAUACAGUCGACGACCAUGGCAUGCUGGUUGGCCGUCUUUCUAUGGGCCUAAUGGCUCUGCACCACCGCAUCGUCCCCCGCACCAUCACCACCAUAAUCACGAAGUGCCUGCGGGGGAUAGAAAUACUUUCCCCCGAACUCCUGCAGCUUCACAGGAACGUCAAUUUGCGGGUAGAACAUUGUUUGUCGGCAAUGUAGGAUUUAAUGUCACCGAAAAGAUGAUCCAGGACGUUUUUGCUUCCAAAGGGUUCUUAGUCGACGUGAACUUGCCAUUGGAUUCUGAAACAGGAAAACAUGCAGGAUUUGGUUACCUGUAUUUCCUUUCGGUUCAUGCGGCCAAGGCAGCGUUGGAGGCUUUGCAGGGAACUCAUAUUGAUGGACACUCGGUCAAUCUCGAGCUCAGCGAUCACUCGCCCAUCACAACGCUUCACACACCGCAUGACAACCGGCAGCCUUCCAGUGUUCCUUCGCGUGCUCAGGAACCAGAGGCAUUCCAGCGUCGACGAUCUACUCAAUUGAGGCGCACAUCCCCCGAAGAACAGAAUUCUGGACAAAACAGUGGCAUUCCCAAGGGGGAAAACAAAUCUUCGGGUGAGGAUUCGAAUAAUACGUCGCCAGGAAAUACCGCCCUACUCGACCGAGAUGAUCAGGACUCUGAGUUCUCUACGCGUUAUCCAUCGCUCUUCCCAGAGGGGGCCACGCAGCGAUCACUUCUCAAUCGCCCUUCAUCUGGAAAUCUUGCAAGCCUAAGUCCACGGCUAGAAAUGGGCCGAUUUCCACCAGUAUCUCAGCUCGACGCACACAUGUUGGCCAAUCAGCGCCGUGAUACAGAUUCAUCAUCGAGCACAUCCAUGUCCGAAGUUAAACCGGAUAAUGAUUCUGUGAGGCAGACAGGACAGGUACCAGAGCAGGCGAACCAGGCCAGUUUUCAUCAAUAUGGCCUCCAUCGAUCAAACACCACAGUGCCUGCCAAUCCAGCGUCAAGGCUCCCGGGUCCCUUUGACCCUCUCGUUUCACAAGACACCCAUAGCACAACGUCGCCAUUGAGGCGACGAGCUACCGAGCGCCACCCUCCGCGGACCGAUUCUGGUCGUGGGCCAAUGCGCUGUGGGGGUUUUAGACACCGGCCGCAAUACUCACGUACUGAUCUUCUCAACAUGUCUCGAACCCAGGGGAUAGCUUCGGCUACAAAUGGAAAUGCUCGGCAACCCGAUGCAAGAGAACGCGCUAUUGAUGAUUGUGUCACUACCCUUAUGAGCCUAGGCUAUGGAAGCGAAAAGGAUGGUGGGCGCCAGAGAAUCGCUGUGUAUGCGGCAGCGGCGGAUGGCAAAGUAAAUGAUGCAAUUGAGAUGAUUGAAGAAGAACGAAAAGCGUAUGAGCAGCAAGGCUCGUCGACGUGAUGGACGGUUUUCUAUUUGCCUAGCUUCAAAGCAUUAAUUUGACGGUCUUUUGAUGAGGCUAUUGCUGUAUUGCUCUUGUGUUUUGUGCUGCUUUGUACCUUAUUAUGGUCUGGGUUGGAUCUUCCCUUCUUUUGCUACUUCUAAUAUGUAAUAUCUUCUGAUGUUUGAAUGAAAUGAAA